UAGUUCUGUUCUGUUUUCUGUAUUUUGUAGUUGUCUAACUACACCAAAGUACAGUGUUAUUUUGAUAAGCUUUUAUUUUGGAAUAAAUAAUAAUACAAACUGUUUCCUUUCUUUAAGUUUUGGACUUUUGGCUUUCAAUCACAAUACCUUUAAAUUUAAAGUUGUGUUUAAAUAGUAGAUAUUCAGUGAACACUGAAGCUCUUCAGUACCGAAUUCGAGAUCGGCGUGCUAAAGAAAUCGGUUCAAAUAUGUGGACAACAGUUUGGCUCCACCGCCUAUUGUUAAUGGAAKCAUGAAUGAUUUCCUGCAGAACUUUAAUAUGGGAUGGAUUCACCAACAUCUGAUGUACUCUUGCUCAGUGAAGACGACAGUGGUCUUUUGGUCAAUGGUUCGUUUUCAAAUAGUUCUGCCAGUAGCGGUUCUAACAAGCAUUCACCACAAUUCAAAUGUAAAGAAUGUGAUGAUGAGUUAUCAUUAAGUCAAGAGGAUUCUCUAAUCGACGAUUCUGAUACAUCAUACACACAACAAUUUAAUACAUUGAAGAAAUGUCCUAGUGUUCAAAAAUCAGAGAAUCCAAUUCAGCCUCCUGUUGAGUUUCAAGACUCUCCAUGCAAUUCUUUUAAUGUUYACUCUCCUCCAUUUGAAUUUAAAGACAAUCAAUGUAGACAUGCCUGUUCUCCUGUCUACACUAAUGAAUGUAUGAUUCGUGUUGAACAAUAUGCAGAUGGUUUUAUAAAGUCGUUGAUCAAUGAUUCACUGUCACACUUAGAUCCAUUGCAUGAUACUAGGUACUUAAAACAACAAAAACUGUAUCAUAAUUUAGGCAUUUAUUGGAAGACUAAUUAUCGUUUACCAAAUGGAUCAAACAAUUCUUUGCUAUCAACUAUUUCAUCAUCACAUAACUCCUUAUUUAAUGUAGUUUCUUCUGAUGAWUCUAAUUUUAUAUCUUCUGCGGUUUCACAUGAUGCUCUUAAUAGUGAUACGUAUACAUUACCAAUCGAUAGUUCCCCAUUUAAUGUUGCUUUUMGACGACCGUUAAGAAAAAAGAGAAAAUUUCGUGAUCAGUGCCAUUCCGUACCUCUUAGUAAAAAACCAGGGGAAAAAUGUAUCAAUGUUCAAGAGCCCAUACACAUGACUGUAAAAGAUGUACGAACCAUUCUUCACAAUAUUUAUAGCAAUACAGGAGAGUGUAGCAAACCUGAAGUUGCUAAUGUAUCAAAAUGCAAUGAUGUGCAAAAUGAUCACAACAAAGAGAACUGUGUUAGCAAAGUGUCAUCUAAAUGCAAAAUCAGAAAAAAUUCAUUUAUGGUGAAUAUUAAACAUAAGAAAGCAAAAGAAAAUAGUACUUCAGAAGAUAUUGCUGGUCAUAGUUCUAGUCAUUCAACAAGAAAAAUCUUUUGUUCGUCUCCUUUUAUUUCAUCAACCAAAUCCAACUUUUCUUUUAGUUUAAAGCAAACAUUUUGUAAUAUUUUUCGAUCGCGUAAAAAUACAUCAACAGACUUGGAUCCUGGGUUGAAUCCAACAGACACUGUUGUUCUUUUAGAUGUAACUAAAGAGACAGCAUUUGAAAACCGUGCACUUCCACCAGUGCCUGAUGAUGGGCCUAGAGAUACAUAUGAACGCGAGACCAGUAUGGAUUUUGCCUCUAGUAUUGAAAAAGUGAAAGACUAUGGAUGGUAUUGGGGUCCAACAUCAGGAGAAGCUGCUGAAAAAAUUCUUUCGAAUGAGCCUGAUGGAUCGUUUAUUGUACGUGACAGUAGUGAUGAUCAUUAUAUAUUUUCAUUGACAUUUAAGUUGAAUGGUUUUGUUCGACAUGUAAGAAUCGAGCAUGAUCAAGGAAAUUUUAGCUUUGGUAGCUGUACAAAAUUUAAAAGUCAUACAAUUGUUGACUUUGUUGAAAACGCCGUAGAACAUUCUCGUAGUGGGAGGUAUUUGUUCUUUUUGCAUAGACGUCCAAUUCUUGGACCAAUGAGAGUACAGUUACUUCAUCCUGUCUCUCGAUUCAAACAAGUUCAAAGCUUACAACACAUGGCCAGGUUUGUCAUUUUGAAGACAGUACGUCGAGAUUUGAUCUACAAAUUGCCAUUACCCAGACGACUGAUUGAUUAUUUAAAUACACCACAUUAUUAUUGUGAGCAACUGGGAAGCUCUGACAGUAGCAAAUCAACAACUCCUACUCCAGCUGUACAUCUAAUUUCAUUUACACCACCUUAAGUUUGAUUCCCCAUUUUUAAUUAAAAAAAUAUAUACUUUUGUCAAAUAAAUUGAUUUUUAGCAAGACUUAUUUAAAAAUUAAACUAUUAAAACAGUCAUAAUCAUUAGUAUUCAUGUUAUUUCACAUACAGUAAUAAUUGUUAAAUUACUUGACAAUUCAACUAUUUAGAGUUAUAACUUGUUAAAUAAUAAUAUCAUGAAACAAUAUUAUAUAAACUACAUUUUUAUCAUACAAAUCAAACUAUUAGUACAUAAUAAUUAAUUACGUGAAAGAAUAUUUAAAGCUUAAAUUAAUGUUCAACUGUGGUUUAUUUAGUUUUUAAACUGGAAUUCUUUACACUAGAUUAGUUUGAUACUGUUAUAGCGACUAUUAGUUGAGUUUAUGUUGUACAAUUAUUUAUUUUUAUACUUAGGGGCUUAGGGCCACUAACACUGUAUUAAUUUUUAUAAAAACGUCCUGUACUUAAUGUAAUAUGAACUUGUUCAUUUACUUACUAGUUUAUCAAUUUUAUUUCAAGAUAAAGGCAUUUGAAUUGAAUAAUUACUAUCUAAAAUUAUGAGGAAACAUUCUAUAUUGUUAAAAAAUAUAAAAAUCUUUAUCAAUUAUUGUAUUCACUCAUUUUACAUCCAGCAAUAAAAUUAAUUAAGUUUUUGAAAACAAUAACAUUUAUAUCAUUCUUUAACUGUAAUUUUAUUGAUAAAUAUUCGUAUACAUUCAUAUUCAGAAAAUGAUUAAAUACAUUUUGUGAAAUCAAAAAAGUUGAUGUGUGGUAGAAUUCUUGGAUUAUUUAAUUACUGUUUAUUUGUUGAAUGCUGAUGAAYUAAUAUUACAUUUUAAAAACAAAACGAGAAUAAAAGUAUACAACAGUUUCUUACUUUACUAAAAUUAUAUUUCACAUAAAAUAUUUAAUAAUUCUUGAGUUUAUUUUUUCUCAACCAAUUCUUACUGAAAAUAAAAAAAAAUUCUAUGAUACAUGUAUUGCUUAGAGCUUUCCUWACAAAAACACAACAGAAAAAGUUUG